ACUGCUGCUAAAACACACGCGUCCAACAACAUGGCAACGCGCUGGGGGAUCUGCAGCGCUGGCAGGAUCAGCCAUGACUUCGCUGUGGCUCUGAAAACCCUCCCUGCUAAAGACCAUCAGGUUGUGGCUGUAGCAGCUCGUAAACUGGAGGAUGCGCAGGAGUUUGCCAGAAAGCACAGCAUCCCUCGGGCACAUGGCAGCUAUGAGCAGCUGGCAGCAGAUCCAGAUGUAGAUGUGGUGUACAACGGGGUGAUCCACCCCUAUCACCUGAAGACCUGCCUGCUUUUCAUGAACGCCAAGAAGCAUGUGCUGUGUGAGAAGCCGCUGGCCAUGAACACGAAGGAGGUGAAAGAGAUCCUGGACUCUGCCAAGAGGAACGACGUCUUCCUCAUGGAGGCCAUCUGGACCCGCUUUUUCCCGGCGUCUGUGGAGCUGAGACGGCUGCUGGCAGAAGGGGAGGUGGGCGAGGUGAAGAUGGUCAGGUCAGAGUUCGGGGUGCCGUUGCUGCAUGUACCCAGACUGGUGCAGAAGGAGCUGGGCGGAGGAGCGCUGCUCAGCAUCGGCAUGUACUGCCUGCAGCUUGUGUGCAUGGUGUACGGCGGAGAGAAGCCAGAGAGCAUCCACGCCUCCGGGGUCCGUCUGGACACGGGAGUGGAUGAGACCGUGGUCGUCACACUCCGGUUCUCCAGGAACAGAAUGGCCGUGUUCACUUACUCCUCCAGCAUUCAGCUUCCCAAUGAUGCCAUUAUUGUGGGAACGAAGGGAACCGUCCAGGUUCCUGCACGUAUGUGGUGCCCCACGUCGCUGGUGGUGAACGGGAAGGAGACCCAGUUCCCGCUGCCAGAACCCAGCUUGCCUCUCAACUUCAACAACGGUACAGGGAUGCGCUAUGAAGCGGAGGAGGUUCGGCAGUGUUUGCUCAAAGGGCUGAAGGAGAGUGUGGCCAUGUCUCACGCAGACUCUCUUCUCCUGGCUGAGCUGGAGGACGAGAUUCGCCGACAGGUGGGGGUGGAGUACACCCAGGACUGCCAGUAACAAAGGAACAAUCGGAUUUACUACUAAAUAGUAACUCUAAAAAUAUAAAUCAAGAAUAUUCAGCUGUUGAUCCAGCAGGACUUUGUGUUCAGGCAACACCGGGACCAUAUUUCUUUACAGAAACUGAGUUAUUUGUCUCUCUACACUGAAAAGCCUUAAGACUAUUCAAAU